CUCCUCCUCCUUCCUCAUUCUCAGGCGCAGGGCCCCCGGGCCGGGGCAGUCCCGCAGCCCAGCGGAGCCAGGCGCGCACCACCGCCCACUCGCCCUGUGCCCGCUGCAACUAGAACGUGGCCGAGUCUGCAAGUGAGUGGAGGGGACAGGGAGGAUCGCGAGCUCCAGCGCGAGCCAGCGAGCGUGUCCGCCGUUGGAGGACAACCUGGAGGACAUGGAGGAAAGAUCUGCAGAGACCAGCUCCAAUGUGGACAGCUCAGCUUCCCUGUCAGUGGCUCAGCUGGCUGGGCGGUUUCGAGAGCAGGCAGCUGCAGCCAAGGAGACACCAGCCAGUAAACCAACAAGAAGGAAACCGCCCUGCUCUCUCCCCCUGUUCCCCCCCAAGGUAGAGCUGGGCCAGAAUGGUGAGGAGAAAUCACCAUCCAAUGCCAGCCACCCUCCUAAAAUCAAGGUGAAGAGUUCGCCUCUGAUUGAAAAGCUUCAGGCCAACUUAGCCUUUGACCCAGCAGCUCUGCUGCCUGGAGCUUCACCAAAGAGUCCUGGACUCAAGGCCAUGGUGUCACCAUUUCAUAGUCCCCCUUCCACACCCAGCAGCCCUGGUGUGCGGUCUCAGCCAGGCGAGGCAGAGGAGGUGCCUGUCAGCUUUGACCAGCCUCCUGAAGGUGCUCAUCUGCCCUCUUAUAAUAAGGUGCGGACCAGAGGCUCGAUAAAAAGGCGCCCUCCCUCCCGGCGAUUCCGGAGAUCUCAGUCAGACUGUGGGGACCUUGGAGAUUUCAGGGCUACUGAACCAUCUCAGGAAAAUGGUGCCAGGGAGGAGAACGGGGAUGAUGUAUUCGCCACCAAGAGCAAGGCCCCUGACUCUCCCCCAUCCAAUGAGGGGGCCAUGGGAGAUGGGUUGGGGGGACCCCCUGGGUCUGCAGAAAAGCCUCCUCUGAGGAGGACGUGCAGCACUGAGAAGCCAGAACAACAGGCCUGUGCUCCAGAGGAAGCCAAGGCUGGAGAGAAGACUGGACAGAGUCCUGAAGAUGAUGGCCAGCACCCAGCACAGGAGGCCCCAGAGCCACCCCAAACCUGCAGCCCAGGGGCAGAGAAUGGGUAUGGGGGCCCGGUGGAGGAGACAGCAGCUGGAGAGGAAAUGGACGCUGGGAAGGCCAAAGAGGGGACGGCCUCGGUGAAGGAGAAGGCAGCAGAUGAAGAGGACAGGCCAGAACAGAAGAGCCCAGAUACAAAGGCACCAGAGGAGGGAGCUGGCGGGGAAGAAGUCCCCCAAAGUCCUCCUGGAAGAAUGGAGAGCCGGAGUGUCUCAGAAGAGGAGAAAGAGCAAAAGGAAGGGGCAGCUAUGGAGCCAAGCUGCAGCUCCCGCGCUGACCACGCCCCAGUGGAGACCAGCAGUGAGAUCCAAAAUGAUCACGACAUCCCCAAGGAUGACACCCCCAUUGAGGAUACUAGAAUGUGAUGAGUGCACGGUGCCAGUGAUGAAGCCGUUGGAGAGGACUCCUUGGACAUGGCUGUAAUAACAGUAGCAGCAGCAGCAUAUGAAACCUCUGCAGAAGUAGAAUAUGCAGAGUGUCUGGAGUCCACCUGGGACACAGGGCAAUGUUUCCCCAGACUCCACGCAGUGUUUCCUCAUUGGAGAUUGGAGUUGAGGGUAGUAGACUCUUAUCAACUUGAGUUUGUGUUAGUUGACGGACUUGACUCAAAACAAAAACUUACUUAAAGCAAUUUACUGUACUGAUGACUCCCCGGGAAUACUGGCCAUCUUACUGAGGGGGCCUGAAUACUGUCCACCUCCACUUCUUCCUGCAUCUGACCUCCCAACUAAGCUCUGGUUGGACUUAUUAGAUGUUGCCUGUGUAAAGUUAUAGCCUUUUUACUGUUCUAAAGUUUUUGCGUUUCUCACAUGUAACUUAAAACUAAUUUUACAUGAACAAAAACAAAAGAAACUAUUUUUGCAGGAAAUAUAAAUCCUCUAAGUUAUAGAAGACCUUAAAUCAUAUCAAAACCCUUAGGACAGAGCUAAAGAGAUGGCUCAAUGGUUAAAAGCAGCAUUGGCUACUCUUGCAGAGGACCUGAGUUUAGUUCCCAACACCUACAUGGUGGCUCAGAACUGUCUGUAACUAGUUCCAGGGGAUCCAACUCCUUCUGGCUUCUAUAGAUACCAGGCACGCAAGUGGUACACAUACAUACAUACAGGCAAGCACUCUUACAUGUAAAAUAAUAAAGUAAAUAUUUUUUUAAAAGAUUCUAAAAGCAAAAUCUUUUAGCUUGCUCCAAAUGAGAAAUGGCCACCAAUUUUGAAAACAUUAAAUUCAAGGGGAUAACUUAAGAAAACAUUUUUUAAAUGUAACUCAUCUGUUUCAAGGACAGAAGCGUAUCCUGUUACGUUGUCUUCUGAUUAAUGACUAUGAAUGAAGGUAGCUGGCCCAUCUCAUCCUAUCCUGUCACCCUGAGGAGAUGAUACAGGAAGUUCCGUGGAAAGACAGGAUGCUCAUACAUUUUUGCUCUUUGCUGCAUUUCCUGCUCCUCAAGGCACAGCUGUGAUGCUUAAGCAACAUCAGUGCUCUGAUUCACUCAACAAGAAAGGAUUGCACUCCUCAACAAGGUUACAGAUCAACAUGGAUUGGAUGUCCUCUGGAAGGGGCCGAGUGCCCAGAGGGCAGCUUACCUUUUGAGAGCAUCCUUCCUAACUUCUCUAGGAAGUGUUUGUUUGUUUGUUUGUUUGUUUGUUUGUUUGUUUGUUUUCUGAGACAAGGUCUGGCCAUGUAGCUUCAAAUUCACUAUGUAUCCCAGACUUCCCUUGAACUCAUAAUCCGUCUGCCUCUGCCUCUGGAUUGUAGGUGUGAACCAUCAUGCCUGGCUCUCAGUACUCAUUUCCUGAGUCUAAACUCAAGUUCUUCUCCUGGGCUCAGGAAGAUGAGUUGGAGUCUUCAGUCUGUUUUUACCAGUUAGCUCCUGUUUUGACAUUCUGAUUAGAGAGUGUAGAAAGGUUUUCAAGGGACAUGGGUCUGACUACCCAUUUCUCAGUUUACACCGGACUCUCUGCUGAAGAAUUGUUAAUCCAAAUAAAUGUUGAAUCUUUAGGGUUGGUCCUUAUUCUGAAUUGAAUACUUCAGUAUCUCAGUGAGAAGAUUUGACUUCUUUGGCAAUUGUUUCUCUGCAAGUUCAUUAGACCACACCCAGUCCUGGCUUCAGAAAACAGUCUCCUAGACAAAAAGGCCUUACAUCACUGGUGGUACCUCAAUUUCUCAAUUUCCUCAUCCAAUUUAUAGCUUUUCUAGUUCCAGCAUACUGUUAAUAGGUGGGAUAUAUUAUUUUUCAAAACUAUUUUUAAAUAGCUUAUAAGUUGUAACAAACAUGUAACUUGGUCAAAUUGAUAUUGUCAUAUAUAUUAUAAACUUUGGAUUUUAACAGAA